UGGGUUGGGGGGAGAGGUUUGGGGUUGCAACACCCCCCCUAAGCAGCCGCAUCUGGUGCAAGGGGGCGGGAGGGAAGACCAGCUCUCCCCGCAAAGGGGAGAAAGUACUCAUAUAAACACUUUGGGGGGAACCAAAUCCCCUUGAUGUAUGGAGGAAUCCUGUGACAGAACAGUUUCCUUGACAACAGUCUCUCUGCCUCCUGAAAAUUGUUGGCCAACUUUGGUAUAAGCUUGAGGUCAAAGUUGGAGGGAGAAGACUCUUCCCACCAUGUUUGCCUGUGAGACUUGGGGUAUCACUGGCCAGACCUCGGUCUACAAUUGGGACAAAUCAGUCUACCUCUUGGAAGACAAAAUGGAGUCUGAACAGGAAUCGAGGGAGCUGGAUCUCCAUUUUAAGGUGCUGCUUGAGCAGGAAAUGUAUCCAGAAAUAACAAUUGAGGAGGAAGAGGAAGAACCUGAGGAAGUAGAAGUAGAUGCUGAAGGAGAGGCAGAAGAAGAAGAAGAAGAAGAAGAAGAGAGGGGAGAGGAGGAAGAAGAAGAGGAAGAAGAAGAGGAAGAGGAGGAGGAGGGAGAAGGAGAUGUGGAGGAGGAGGAUGAAGAAGAGGAAGAGGCACGUCCACCAGGCCCUCAGCAAGAGGCAGUGGGAGCAGUAGAUGGAGAUGAUUCCCUGCUUGUGGUGUGUACUGGAACUGUUGAAGAGCUGCUAGGCUUGGAGGCAGCACCAACUGCUGAAUCAGUGCAACUAGAGGAGGCACCACAACCUCAGCGCUGGGAGGUCCAGUGGGAGGAGGUGUCACAGACUUCACAGCCUCUCCCCCCUGAAAUUAUGGAACCACCACUAACAUCACCAGAAGCAGCCACCUCCGCUGUCACUCAGGUAAUGGAGGUAGCUGCAGUAGAAGUAGAACCAGAGGCCUUCCCGACCACUUUGGAGCAAGUGGGGAACACUUCAUCCCCGUGGGGAGCAUCUUUCAUUGAAGAGAGCCACCAGGAGCCCCAUCCCUCCCCAGCUGGUGCAGACAGAGGAAGUGUUGGCAAAGCACGGACGCCUCUAUCUGGAGGAGGCAGUUUCAGCCUGGAGACUGCCCGGCGGCGCUUCCGGCAGUUCUGCUACCAGGAAGCUGAGGGUCCACGAAAAGCAUGUGGUCAGCUCUGGGAGCUUUGCAACCACUGGCUGAAGCCAAAGAACCGCACCAAGGAACAGAUUCUUGAUGUCCUGAUCUUGGAGCAGUUCCUGGCCGUCCUCCCUCCUGGAAUCCGAAGUCGGGUGUGGGAAUGUAGCCCGGAGACUUGUGCUCGGGCAGUGGCCCUGGCUGAGGAGUUCCUGGCCAGGCAGCAAGAAGCAGAAAGACCAGAGGAAGAGGAUUCUGACUUAUUUGAGGAGGUGGUAGUGACAUUUCCUGAUGAAGACCAAGUCCUUUCAGAUACUGAGCAUGGAGAUAUGUGCAUGGAAGCUGAACAGCGGGCUGAUGUGGACAUCUGUUUGCUGGGUUCUUCUGACACAGAAGCAACCUGGGAUUCUUCUGCAGAUGAAGGAGAAGGAGAAGGCUCAGGUGCCCGGACUCCCAGCAGAGCAGAGCCUCAGUUGGGAUUUGGAGAAAGACGCAAUGGGGCAGUGCAGCAUUUGGCUCCGAAGAGGAUACGGGUAAGAGAGAAACGCCACCCUUGCAUUGAAUGUGGGAAACGGUUCCGUUGCCAGUCGGAACUGGCCCUGCACCAGAAAGUCCACUCUCGGCCCAAAUCCUAUAACUGUGCUGAGUGUGGGAAACAGUUUGGUCGAUCAUCGCAUCUCACCAGGCACCAGAAAACCCACAUGGGUGAGGAAUGCCACGUCUGCACAGAAUGUGGCAAGCGGUUCCGGUGGUCAACGGAGCUUGUCAUCCACCAGAGGAUCCAUGCUGGUGAGCAGCCGCACUACACCAUGGACGCUGACGCUUUGCUUCAGUGGCCCUCAGAGUUCAGUAUGCCCCAGAGUAUUUUUACAGGUGAGAAAGCCGCUCCAAAUGGUGAUAUGAUAAAACCCCAUGCAGUCAAGAAGCCUCACCUCUGUCCUGAAUGUGGGAAAGGGUUCCGGUGGCCCUCCGAGCUCGCAGCUCAUCAGAAAACUCACAACAAGAACAAACACUACCUCUGUCCUGAGUGUGGGAAAGGGUUCCAGUGGCCCUCGGAGCUGGCGGCUCAUCAGAGGACCCACAUGGGCAACGGUUUGCCUCUCGUUGCUGAUUGUGAAAACGGCAACAGCCAGCCACCUCAUCACCCUCCCUACCUGGGAGCUGGUAUGGCAGAGAAACGCCAUCUUUGCGGAGAAUGUGGCAAGGCGUUCCGAUGGCCGUCAGAACUCGCCACGCAUCAGCGCAUCCACACAGGAGAAAAGCGCUACUUCUGCACAGAAUGUGGGAAGGGGUUCAUAUGGCCUUCAGAGCUGGCUGCUCACCAGCGGACCCACACUGAGAAGCAAGCCUACCAGUGUAUGGAGUGUGGGAAAAUAUUCCAUGAUCUCUACGGUCUCACGAGACACCAGAAGACCCACCUGGGAACCAAGGUCUACCCUUGUGCAGAGUGUGGGAAAACCUUCAGUCGGCAGUCCCAUCUGACUCGGCACCGGAUCACCCACACUGGUGAGAGACCCUACCCUUGUAUUGAAUGUGGAAAACGGUUUGGACGGCAGUCUCACCUCACUCGGCAUCUGAGAAUUCACACUGGAGAGAGACCGUAUCAGUGUGGUGAGUGUGGAGUGAGGUUCAGGCGGAGACACAGCAUGAUCUACCAUCAGCGGAUCCACUUGAGAGAGUCCAGUGGAGGUCUAGACAUGAGAAACCCUCCUAAUGCAGAAACCCUUGCUGACCAUCUCCAGAACCCCAUCCAUGUCACAAUUUGACACAUUGGGUGGUAGGGAAGGAAUUUCAGAAGGAACAUGGGAUGGGUGAGUGGGACAUGUUGAUCACAGCAUCUGGAAGAGACACUCUCAUGCUUGUCUUACUUUGCCACCUGAAGAGUCUGUAUCACAGGGUCCAAGAGGUACAUGUUUCAGGAUUCCAUGCAGCAUGGCAGAGAAUGCUAGCACAGGGCUUAUGAAUUGUGCAAGCUCUGUAAAGGAUUCUGGGGCAGGAUGCCCACACCCUCCCCUGAUCAUGUGUUGCUUUGCAAUUGGGCUGGAAAACAGGGCUGCCUCCAGAAACAGGUCUGGUAACUUGGUGGCCAGGUUAGCCCCAUGGCCCUAAUCUUAGAUUUGGCUCCUGCAAAGCUUUUAGGAGGGGAAAUAAACAUUUGACAACCAAGAUGGGUCUCCCCUUGCUAUUCUUAGCAAAUAGAGCAGUGUUUGUUCCCAGGAACACAUGGUUGUGGUGGUGGGUUGGGUAGGACAGAACGUGCUUUUCUGACUUCUCAAUUUUCUUCACCUUUUCUCUGUGUCACAUAUUUGGGUCAAGUCAGGGGACUGUUGUGAUGAGAGGACUGUGGAGGGUGACUCUGUGGGGCCACCAUGUUGUUCCUUGCAGGGCAGGGCACUCUUUGCUUUUGUAUUGUUCAUAUGUAGAAAUAAAUCAGUACCACUUUUCCCACCCGUGUGCUAUGGCAGUGGGAAAAGCUGACCUUCCCCACUUUUUAAAAUAAUAAUAAUAAUUACUAUAAUAAUAAAAAUCUCUUACGUGCAAGAGUCUGAUUUGGGAUGAAAUCCAGCAACCUAUUUCUUCAGUGGCAAUUUCUCAUUUCUACCCAUCCUCCCAAGACAAAGAAAUCAGUUAAUCUAGAUUUUGAAAGAAAACAAAGCAGGGCUGUCCAGAGAUACUUUCUUUGAGGUACUUUCACCCUCCACAGCACUUCCGUUUUUCCUUUCCUCUUUUCUUGGGAAAUUUAGGGUGAAAUUCCUUCCUUGGGGGCCAGAUUACUUAUAAGUCAUUUUUUUAAAGAAAUAAGGCAGUGUUUAGGCCUUUAUAUGAAAAGAAGAGCACAUUAAACUGGUGUGGUGUUCCCCCACCUGGAACUCUGCAGAUGCCUUGAACUGCAUUUCCUAUUACCCUCAGUGACCACAGUUGUGCUGUUGGGGUAAUGUGAAUUGCAAUCCAGCAUGUAGGGAGAGCGCAGAUGUAGGAAGGCUGCACUAUUAUUUAUUUAUUAUUAUUUUUAAAAAGUAUUUAUCAGUGUUUUUUUUAAUCCAGUAAGGCCUUGAAUUAAAACCAACCAACCAACCACUUCAUAGCACAGUAAAAUCACUACAAAACAGCAGCAGGACUGAGCUGUUGUUUCACAAUAAAGUAAUAUUAAAAUUAUCAGAGAUCACUGAAGGCUCUAAAAACAACCACAACAGUAUUUCUAAAAUGUAAUGAGGAAUGACAGGAUCCACAUGGCCUCCUCUGGAAGGAGAUCCAGAGUUGUUUUCUGUUCUACAGAAAAAGCUUGGUUUUGUGUGCCCCCAACCUAGCCUCCUUUGGUGGAGGGAAUUACUAGAGAUGUGAAGGGUGUGGGUUGGAAAAAAAGAUGCUGCCUUAACCUUCUAGCUCUGUUUUUCCUGAAUGGCACAGUCCACAGUAUGUUUACUUAGAAGUAUGUUCCACUCUUUCAGUGGGAUUUACUUCCUAAACCUCACUCUGGCCGCCCAGAGUCAUUGUGUACGAGAUGGGCAGUGGAGAAAUCUGAUAGAUAAAUAAAUAAACAAACAAACAAACAAACAAACAGCACAGCUGGCUGGGGAAUUCUGGGAGCUGAAGUCCACACCUCUUAAAGUUGCCAAGGUUGAGAAACACUGCUGUAAAAACUGUUUGGACAUAGAACUAAGAAAGCAAACAUCUGGCCUUUAGACACAAGCAAAGAAGAAUACAUUUUAGUGAUUUUGGUACCAAAUGUGAACAGAGGGGGAGUUUUGAAGCUGAAAUGAGCUCACUUUAGGGGUAACCUCAGGAGGCUUGGAGAUAAGAGGGAGGACCACACUUUGAGGCAGGUUUCAUUCUAAAAUCAUCUUUUUUCUUCAUAUUGCUUUGUAAUGAUAAGGGAGAGGAAAGUGUGUUUUUCAUUUUGGUUUGCUUUCACCACUUUUAAAUCCCCCCACUUUUUUUUUUUUAUCCACCUUUGAAACUAUGGAAUUCCUGAAGAAUGAACAUCCUUUUGGAAACAACUUCAGAAUAAAGAGCUUUCUACAA